AGUUCUGGAAUUCGUAGUUUUAAUUACAAAAUAUAAAAAUAGUCACAUAUAUACUUACAUUAAGUAAGCAUAAGCACUAACAAAGCUACCAACAUGUCGGACUGGGAUACGGUAACCAUUUUAAGAAAGAAGGCCCCAAAGAAUAGCCAACUGAAGACCGAAUCAGCUGUUAAUAAUGCACGCCGUCAAGGUGUUGCCGUCGAUACGCAGCAGAAAUAUGGUGCUGGCACCAACAAGCAGCAUGUGACCACUAAAAACACUGCCAAGCUGGAUCGUGAGACUGAGGAGCUGCGCCACGACAAGAUUCCCUUGGAUGUGGGCAAAAUAAUUCAACAGGGUCGCCAGGGCAAAGGCAUGAGCCAAAAGGAGCUGGCCACGAAAAUCUGCGAGAAGCAGCAAGUGGUAACUGACUAUGAGGCCGGACGGGGCAUACCCAACAAUUUGAUAUUGGGCAAAAUGGAGCGUGUGCUUGGCAUAAAAUUACGAGGCAAGGAGCGCGGCCUUCCACUGGCGCCUCCCGGUAAAAAGUGAGAUGAUGCUGCUGCGUCUGCUGCCAACACGCCCAGGAAUGCCAGACACAACCACCACCAACACCAGCAGCAGCAGCCGCAGCACCAACAGCAGCAGCAGCAGCAACAGGAGUUUGGCUGGAGCACCGUGAGCAGCAGCAGACGCAAAUAGACGCACCAACCGGGAGGCUGUGGAACCAAACAAAAUCGGGUCGACUUAGCAGCUGAAACACACACUAACAUAAAAAAUACCAGUAACAACACAAAUGAACCACAACCAAUGCAAGCAGGCAACAAAAAUGAAACAAUGCACCAACUAUGAGCGCAAUUUAUCAAUAAUCAAAAACAAAAACAAUAAUUCCAACUCCUUUUUGCACACAAAAAUAUUUAUUUUGCUGAUAAAAACCAAGCCAAACCAUGUAAUCAACACAAACUGAUCUGGGACAAUGUGAAACGCACCAACAAACUAAACUAAACUUAAACUAAACUAUUUGAUAUUAAAUUGAGACGUUGACGUGCUCAAAUAUGCAAUUGAAAAUGUGCUCAUGGCUGGAACUAAAUAUUUUACUUCAUUUUUCGGGCAUUUUCCUAUUUUGUUUUGUUAUAAACCGCAUUGAGUUGGUAUUGUUUUUUUUAUUGAAACUUGAUCUAAUUUAUAAAUAUACAAUUUAUACAUUAAAAACAACGGCAUUGAAUACACAAAACCCACACACGGAAA